CUGCUACUGUGGUGCUGGCCGCCUGUCAGUGAUGGCCGGGACGGCGUUAAAACGCCUGAUGGCUGAAUAUAAACAAUUAACUUUGAAUCCACCUGAAGGAAUUGUAGCUGGGCCCAUUAAUGAGGAGAAUUUCUUUGAAUGGGAGGCCUUGAUCAUGGGCCCAGAAGACACAUGUUUUGAGUGUGGCGUUUUCCCAGCGAUUCUCAGUUUUCCUCUUGAUUAUCCACUUAGCCCACCGAAAAUGAGAUUUACCUGUGAAAUGUUUCAUCCAAACAUAUAUCCAGAUGGGAGGGUCUGCAUCUCCAUCCUGCAUGCCCCAGGAGAUGAUCCCAUGGGUUACGAGAGCAGUGCUGAGAGGUGGAGCCCUGUUCAGAGUGUGGAGAAGAUUCUGCUUUCUGUUGUGAGCAUGUUAGCAGAGCCCAAUGACGAAAGUGGAGCAAACGUGGAUGCUUCAAAAAUGUGGCGAGAAGAUCGUGAGCAAUUUAACAAGAUUGCAAGACAAACUGUGCAGAAAUCAUUAGGGUUGUGAAACCUAGCAGUAUUUUAGAAACUGGAUCCCAAAAACUUUUUGUAUGAACGCUUUAUGGACUCACUAGAGAAAUUUCUAUGUUGUAAUUCCUUUUCUAGUUGAGCUGAAUUAUUACAUCAUGCAGGGCUUGUAUUCAUCACAGCUUAGUAAAUACUGCAUGUUUUUUUUUUUAAAAAAACCUACACAAGUACUUGCUGGCUGCUUCCUUAUUUGCAACUGCCUUUAUUCUCUGUUUUUUAUUAAAGGUGGAUCUUUGUUUUAAAACAAAGUAUCAGACGUAGAAAAGCCACCGGUGUUCUAUACUUUGUUUGUUAAUGCAGACCUCUGCCAUUAUUUUGAAGACUUGACCUCAGAAAUGAAGGGAUAUAGCUGUUUAAUUGACUUAGAUUAUGAUUUGUGUCACAAAGAGCAAAUUGAUGCUGCAAUAGAACAAGAAUGCCCACCUCAAGAGUUAAACCUCCACUGAGCAGCUAUGUGCAUGCAACAUUUGUGACUGUAACAGGCUGUAGCUUUUUAGGUACUCCAGCAGGCCUAUUACAACCGUAUUAUUGGUGAAGUAGCUUAUUUCUCAGCAUGACAAUCUUUUAUACCUGGCAAAACGCCUGCCAGGCUGUAUUCAUAACAUAAACCAUUUUGACAAUAACAACACAAACGUAUAUCUGUAUGGGACUCCCAUGAAAAUAGCUCUUGCUGUAGUUUUUACACCAUUACCAUAAGCCCUCUUAAAGAUCAGUGGCGGUAAUUUGGUGGGAAACGUACCUGUAGCUGCUGUGCACCAUGGGGCUUAAACCAUCAGAUUCAUGAUCGCUAAGGUAAUGCAAGCAUAUUUUAAGUUCUAUAACUUUUUUUUCUAUUUAUUAAGUGAAGAAUACUAAAUAUUGGGGCAGUCUGAUAUAAUAAAAAAGUUGUAUGCAAAACCAGCAUGAAAAAAACACAACACGCAAUAACAUGUAUAGGGUAAAAUCUCAGUUUUUUGUUGGCUUUUCACAAUAGGUGACCACAAUUAAAUAUGAAAAUAUAACAGAAGUGAAACAUGGAAGGUUUUUAAGAAAAUAGCAAACUCUUAGGUCACUGGGUAGAUUGAGUAGCAGAUUCAUUCAUGAGCGCAGAAUCCCUACCAUUGCCCAUUCAAUCUGUGACUGCCCUGCUUAGUACUUGCAUUGAAACUGCACUGCUUAAUAAUACAUUGCGUGCAUUAAGCAUCAAUGAGGGUCAAAGUUUUUUUUAUUUAUUGAAAGGCUUUACAGCUCAUCUUGUGAGAAAUUGUAGUCUGUGUAAUAAGAGAAUAAUAAAAUAUGCAAACUGUA